GAUUUUAGUAGAUCUAGUUGGUUUGAUUAAGUUUUUGAGAAAGAAUUUGGAUUAAUUGUUUGUGUUUUAUGUUUAAUUUUUCAUGUUUUUGUUUUUGUAUGAUUGUAAUUGUAUUUGUUGAUGAUAAUAUAUGAAAGUUCUGUUUGAUUUGGUCAUCUGUUGAGUUUUUUGUUUGAUUUGGUCAUGUUUUAGUUCAGAUCCAUGAUUUAUUUGAUGUAUUGUGAAAUUGAGAUAUUAUCGAUGGUAUGAGCUUGAAAUUGAAACAACAGUUUGGAUUUUGCUUCUGAAAUUGAGAUGUGAAUGGUAUGAUCUUGAAAUAGAAUGAGUAGUUUGGAUUUUGGCUGAGAUUUUAACACGUUUGAUGUGAUAAAAAUCAUAUACAAAUUGUUUUUUCAGCUUUUAUUUCGUGGAUUUCUUUGUUUAUCUUUUUUGGUUGGUCUCCUAGAUUACCAGAUUUAGGAGUUAGGAAGGAAUAUGAGGUAAUUGAUUUUGAGAUAUAUAGAGAUGAGUCUACCACAUGAUGGGCACAGGCCUUCCUUCUUCCCUUUCGGAAACCCCUUCCGCAUGAUUUUUCCCAAGGAUACGUACCUCUCACCAAGAAUUCUUGAGCUGUUGAAUUCGUUUGAGGAAACCUUGGCCAAAAGGCUAAGAAAGCUCCAUGUGAAGGACAAAAGUGAAGUCCUUAGCUUGGCAUGGAUGAGAUCAGCAAUGGAGUCACUAUGUGAAACACAUACAGAUAUCAAAUCCCUUAUCACUGAUCUGAAGUUCCCUGUAUCUGACUGGGAAGACAAGUGGAUGGAUGUUUAUCUAGACAGCAGUGUAAGUGUGUUGGAUAUUUGCAUUGCUUUUAGCUCUGAGAUUUCUCGACUUAACCAGAGCCAACUCUUACUUCAAUGCGUUCGCCACGUGUUGGAUGUUUCAAGUGAUUUUCCUUCUUCAGAAAAGCUUUUGAGGAGUCAUAAUUCCCUUGAUGAUUGGAAGCUGCAGAUAACUUCAAAGAAUCAGAAAAUUGAGAACUGUUCCGUGAUCUUGAGUAAGCUCACUGGUUCUCUUUAUUUGGGUAAGGCUAAGACUUCUGCCAAAGGGAAAGUGCUCAUGCGAGCAAUGUAUGGGGUUAUGGUCCAGACAAUAUUUGUCUGUGGUGUCUUCUCAGCUGGUUUCUCCGGCUCUGAGAAGGCAUUGGUUGACUUGCAAGUUCCUGACAAGUUUUUGUGGGCAGAAGCUUUUAACGGGUUGCAGCUAGAUGUAAAUGGAGAGGUUAGGGAUCUAUUUCGUCAUGGAAGUAAAACAGUGUUGAAGGAUUUAGAGGCAGUCGACUCAUGUGUCAAGAACUUACAUCCCUUGACUAGCACUGGUGCAGAUCAACCUGAUGCCGAGAAGUUGAAGCACUCUGUCUUGGAUUUGGGAAGCAGUUCCGAAAAAUUUUCUGCAGGGCUUGACAUUCUUUCAAAAGAAGUUGAAAACUUUUUCCAGAUUGUUUUAUCCGGUCGCGAUGCAUUGCUAUGUAAUUUGAGAGUCAGCGAUGUGCAGUCGAAGAAACAAAAAAAAGGGCAGUACAGGUAGUGUGACUAGUGAGAUGUUGAUCUAGUGAAAAGACACAUAGCUUUGUAUACAAAUACAAAAAUAUAUAUCUUUGCGGCUUGACUAAUGGAAGAUGAAGAUCUUGCGUUUGGGUAUUGUGUGUGCACUCAGUCUGUUCUUGUUUGUCGGCCUCUUAAUAUUGCAAGUCCAAGUGGUUAAUGUAUAAAUAGUUGUGUUGCUAUAUGUAUGGGGUUUGUAAUCUUAAUUUAUUGGAAUAUUUGAACCAUUUUGAAUCUUUUUUUCCUUUUAUUUGUUUCAUAAUCUUAUGAUAUCGCUAUGUCUGAA